AUGAUCGCUACAAGUUCAUUGCUAUCUCAAGCCAUACCCGGGGACGCUGUGAAGUGCUGCUAUAACACUACACUGACUACAGGGAAGAGUUCUAUCUUUUUUUUCUCUUUCUUUCACAUUGAGUUUCGGAAAAGUAAAAGCGAUACUAAUUCUCUACCCAAAGAACGAGAUCAGGGUGAUGGAGCUCCAGGAUUUGUAUCAAAUUCAGAAAAAAUGGUUGAAUCAAAACCAUUCUCUAUUAAAUUGGAAGUAGACAUUGUUCAAAUUCUACUUUUCAUUGGUGCUCUUGUAACAAGAACAUGGCAAAUUGGUUUACCACAUGCUGUUGUAUUUGAUGAACUUCACUUUUCCAAAUUUGUGUCUUUAUAUCUACAAAAUACUUUUUUUUUUGAUAUACAUCCUCCACUAGGGAAACUCUUACUCUCCUUAGCAGGUCAUUAUACAGGGUUUGAGGGAAAUGUUAGCUUUGACAAAAUUGGAACUGAUUAUCCUGAUUCUGUUCCUGUUGGUCAACUACGUCUUCUUCCUGCAAUUUUUGGGAGCCUCCUUGUGCCACUUGUCUAUCAAAUUGCAGUUGAGUUGCACAUGUCAAGAUGGGCAGCUCUCCUUGCUGCUAGCUUUGUCCUCUUUGAUAAUGCUGUUCUUGUUCAGUCUCGCUUUAUAUUAAUGGAGGGAAUGUUACUUUUCUUCAUGGCCCUGGCUAUUUUAAGUUUUCUAAAAUUUCGCUUUAUUUAUCAUAGUGACUUCAGCCUACACUGGUGGUUUUGGUUGACCUUAACAGGUUUUUCCUUCACUUGUGCUUUUAGCAUAAAAUACAUUGGCUUGAUGACAAUGUUAUUGAUAAUUCUACUCAUUGCCAAGGAUUAUUGGUGGAUGUUAGCUGACAUACUCAAGUCUGAUUUAUGUCUGAUUCAACACUUCUGUGCUAGAGUGCUGUGUUUAGUCCUCAUCCCACUUUUCUUGUAUGUUGGAAUAUUUUUCAUUCAUCUUUCUCUCCUCACAAAAGCUGGGCCCCAUGACAAUGUCAUGACAAGUGCAUUUCAAGCUAGCCUUGAGGGUGGCCUGGCAGCACUAACCAAAGGUCAACCACUCAAUGUUGUCUAUGGUUCUCAGAUAACCCUUCGAUUCUCUAACAAUCAGUCUCCUAGUCGACCUUGUUGGCUGCAUUCACAUCCUCAUGUUUAUCCAAUACGAUACCCUGAUGGUCGUGGCAGCAGCCAUCAGCAGCAAGUAACAUGUUAUAUCUUCAAAGAUUUGUAUAACUGGUGGAUUAUCAAGCAUCCAAACAGCAAUACAUUGAUGGUCAGUGACCCUCCCCAACCUGUAAAACAUGGUGAUUUAAUUCAAUUAGUCCAUGGUUUGACUGGACGGGCACUUAACAGCCAUGAUGUUGCUGCUCCCAUGAGCCCUCAGAACCAAGAAGUUUCUUGUUACAUUGACUACAAUGUUUCUAUGGCUGCACAGAAUCUUUGGAAAGUGGAAUUAAUCAAUCGCAAACAGCUUCCUGAAUGGGGAUUCCACCAAUUGGAAGUUGUCACUGAUCAUCUUACUGAUCAGACGCACACAAUUUGGAAUGUUGAAGAACAUCGCUACACUAGAUCUCCUGAGAAAGAAGGUCAAGCUCGAGAAUUGAGCCAAGCUGAAAUGAUCCCAUCAGAGCCAACACAUCUUUCUUUGUGGGCCAAAUUUUGUGAAUUGCAGAUGAAGAUGAUUUUCUCCAACCAUGACAUUGACCUGGAGCACAAGUACAGUUCAGGUCCAUUAGAAUGGCCUUUAUUGGACAAAAAUGUUGCUUACUGGAUCAGCCCUGAAACAAAUGCUCAAAUUCAUCUCCUUGGCAACAUUUUCAUUUGGUACUUUUCAACAGUUGCUUUGCUUGUUUAUAUUGUUGUCUGGUUGUGCUACAUCCUCACAAGACAACGUUUGGCUUUUCAUCUUAAUGAAGCUGAAUGGAACCAUUUCGUAUUUGUUGGACAAUUGCUAUUGGGGGGUUAUUUUCUUCAUUACCUCCCACAUUUUGUAACAGACAGAACAAUGUUUUUACAUCAGUACCUGCCAGCCUUUCUCUUCAAAGUGAUCACUUGUGCUGCUCUUUUUGAUCAUGUUCUUUCCGUGGCCUCAAGAUUUUCACAGUCCCUUGCAACUAUGUUGAAGUACCUCACUGUGAUAAUUAUCUUUGUUACAGUGAUUGUUUUCAUUUAUUUUGCUGCUUUCUCAUAUGGAACAAUACCACUGACUGCACAAGACAUCCAACAAAUGAUGUGGAAAGAAAGUUGGGAUUUUCUUAUUCUCAAUAAAAGAAAAUGA